AUGAUCCAACUGGGAGACACUCUCCCCGACGGGAUCCUCUAUCACAUAGACGCCGCUACUCGCAUCCUCCAUAUCCUGUCCAUCCGCCACCUAUUUGCUCACAAGCGCGUCUUGCUGCUCGGAGUUCCAGGUGCCUACACUCCAAGUUGCAGGCAAGUACCUGGCUGCUGCUGCUCAAAACUUAUAACUCUCGUGACUGCAGUGAACGAUCCCUUCGUCACCCAUCAGUGGUCCAAGACGUUCGCGGACAACAACGAUGCCGUUCGUUUCCUUGCCGAUGGCUCCGCAACCUUCACCAAAGCAUUGGGUAUGGACAUCGACUUGACCAGGCACGGGAUGGGCGUCCGGGGCCGGCGCUUCGUCUUGUUCGCUGACAACCUCAGGGUGAGAAAGCUUAUCGUAGAGUAUCCCGGAGAGGCUGCCAAUAUUGCCGUGGAUGAUGUGCUCAAGCUGUUCAUCUGA